GAGUUUGGGGGCGGGGCCUGGGGCUCAGCGGGGUGGUGGGCCCCCGCCCCCGCCGGGCCUUUGCGGCAGGUCCAGCUGCUCCCGUACUGAGGAACUCGCUGGGAGUCCCCGGGAGCCGAUCGUGGAUUAUCAUGGGAUUUAGAGACUUGAGAGACUCAGAGGUCAUGUAGCUGGAUGCCCUCAUUUUUGGAUGUGGAGUAAAAGGGAAGCGACAUACCUGAGGUCACAGAGCAUUGGAGGCAGGGCUUGGACAAGCACCCAAAAUUCUUCCUUAGAGCUGUUCCUCUGCUUCUCCCAGGUUCGGCUGGCCUCCCCUGCCUGCCUGUGGCCUGCUGUCCUGUGUGGCUCAGCUCUUGGCAGGUGAGAAAGGUUUGUCAUCCUGCUGCAGUGGGUUCUUUCUUCCCUCUCAUUUGAGUUCCCUGCCUGGAAUACCUGCCACCUGUUUUCUUUGUCAGAGAGUGAGACUACCUGUGUUCAAACCCCCAGUCUACUAAAUACCAGCGUGUGACCUGGAACAAGUUGCUUAGCCCUUCUAAGCCUUUUUCCUCAUCUACAUAUCAGGAGUUAUAACAUCCUAAAGUGUGAUGGAAAGGCAUUGGAAGGUUUCAAGCUCAAAAGGAGGUCGAGGUGGCCCAGCAAUGGUUAGAGACCCUGCUGGGGGUGAACAGCCUGUGGCUGCCUAGGAGCCUGUGGCCUGUCUGGCCCCCAUGGAGACAGGAGGCCCUGAGCUGAACAACAUGAAGCCCCAGUCACUGCAGCUGGUGCUGGAGGGGCAAGUGCUGGCACUACAGCAGCAGAUGGCAGAGAACCAGGCAGCCUCCUGGCGAAAGCUGAAGAGCUCCCAGGAGGCCCAGCAGAGGCAAGCAAGCCUUGUGAGGAAGCUGCAGGCCAAGGUGUUGCAAUACCGGAACUGGUGCCAAGACCUGGAGAAGCGGCUGGAAGCCACUGGGGGGCCGAUCCCUCAGAGGUGGGAAAGCAUGGAGGAGCCAAACCUGGAACAGCUGCUAAUCCGAUUGGAGGAUGAGCAACAGAGGUGUGAGAGUCUAGCAGAGGUGAACACCCAGCUUCGGCUGCACAUGGAAAAAGCUGAUGUGGUGAAUAAAGCCCUUCGGGAAGAUGUGGAAAAAUUGACAGUGGACUGGAGCCGUGCCCGGGAUGAGCUAAUGAGGAAGGAGAGCCAGUGGAGAAUGGAGCAGGAGUUCUUCAAGGACUAUCUGAAGGGGGAGCAUGGUCGCCUUCUCAGCCUAUGGAGGGAGGUGGUGACCUUUCGACGCCACUUCCUGGAAAUGAAGUCAGCCACUGACAGAGAUCUGACGGAACUAAAGGCUGAGCACAUGAGGCUUUCAGGGUCACUGUUGACCUGUUGUCUGCGCUUGACUAUGGGAACACAGUCUCGGGAAUCUGAUGGAUCUGGGAGACUAGACGGGAGUGAGCCAGCCCAGCUGCUGCUGCUGUUAGCCAAGACCCAGGAGCUGGAGAAGGAAGCCCAGGAGAAGAGCCAGGAGUUAAUACACCUGAAGAGUCAAGGGGAUCUGGAGAAGGCCGAGCUUCGGGACCGGGUAACUGAGCUCUCUGCCCUCCUGACCCAGGCUCAGAAGCAAAAUGAAGACUAUGAAAAGAUGGUAAAGGCUCUGAGAGAGACCAUGCACAUCCUGGAGACAAAUCAUGCAGAAUUAAUGGAACAUGAGGCAUCUCUUAGUAGGAAUGCCCAAGAAGAGAAGCUGUCUUUACAGCAGGUGAUCAAGGAUAUAACCCAGGUACCGGCCAUGGUGGAAGAAGGGGACAAUAUGACCCAAGGCUGUGGUCCUGAAAGCUCCUUGGAGUUGGACUCUAGUGGCUUCUGUUCCCAGCUUGACCCCCAGGACCCAGGCAAGGCUCUUACUCUAGUGUGUUCAGUGCUGACCCAGAGACGCCAGGCGGUGCAGGACCUGAGGCAGCAGCUUUUGGGCUGUCAGGAGGCUGUGAGCUUCUUGCAGCAGCAGCACGACCAGUGGGAGGAAGAGGGCGAGGCCUUGCGACAGCAGCUGCAGACACUCAGUGGGGAGCGGGACACCCUGGCAGGGCAGACGGUGGACCUCCAGGGAGAGGUGGACUCUCUCAGCAAGGAGCGAGAGCUCCUAGAGAAGGCCAGGGAAGGGCUGCAGCAGCAACUGGAAGUGCUGGAGCAGGAGGCCUGGCGACUACGAAGGGCAAACGUGGAGCUUCAGCUGCAGGGGGACUCUGCCCAAGGGGAGAAGGAGGAGCAGCAGGAGGAGCUGCACCUGGCCGUCCGUGAAAGGGAGCGCCUUCAGGAGACACUGGUGGGCCUGGAAGCCAAACAGUCGGAAUCCCUCAGUGAAUUGAUCACACUUCGGGAAGCCCUGGAGUCGAGUCGCUUGGAAGGGGAGUUACUGAGGCAGGAGCAAGCAGAGGUGACCGCAGCGCUGGCUAGGGCAGAACAGUCAAUUGCAGAGCUGUCGAGUUCUGAGAACAGCCUGAAGGUAGAAGUAGCUGAUCUUCGGGCUGCAGCUGUCAAGCUCAGUGCCUUAAAUGAGGCUUUGGCCUUAGAUAAAAUUGGAUUGAACCAGCAGCUUCUCCAGUUAGAACAGGAGAACCAGUCUGUGUGCAGCAGAAUGGAGGCAGCAGAGCAGGCAAGAAAUGCUUUGCAGAUGGACCUGGCAGAGACAGAGAGGAGCAGGGAAGCCCUGUGGGAACAGAAAACGCACCUGGAGGCACAGCUGCAGAAAGCAGAGGAGACUGGGGCUGAGCUGCAGGCAGAUCUCAGGGGCAUCCAAGAAGAGAAGGAAGAAAUUCAGGGGAAGCUGAGUGAGGCGUGCCACCAGCAGGAGGCAGCCACAACUCAGCUGGAGCAGCUACAGCAGGAGGCAAAGCGACAAGAAGAAGUGCUGGCCAGGGCGGUCCAGGAGAAGGAGACCCUAGUACGAGAGAAGGCAGCUUUAGAGGUGCGGCUGCAAGCUGUGGAACGGGACCGGCAGGGCCUCUCUGAGCAACUGCUGGGGCUCAGCUCAGUCAAGGAGCUACUGGAAAGCAGUCUCUUUGAGGCCCAACAACAAAAUUCUCUGAUAGAGGUCACCAAGGGGCAGCUGGAGAUCCAGAUUCAAACUGUCACGCAAGCCAAGGACGUGAUCCAAGGGGAGGUGAGGUGCCUAAAGCUGGAACUGGACACUGAACGGAGCCGGGCAGAGCAGGAGCGGGAUGCAGCAGCCAGACAGCUGGCCCAGGCUGAGCAAGAGGGGCAGACUGCCCUGCAGCGGCAGAAGGCAGCCCAUGAAGAGGAGGUGGAGCGGCUCCAGGAGAAAUGGGAACAAGAGCGCUCCUGGCACCAGCAGGAGCUGGAUAAGGCUGUGGAGGGUCUAAAGAGGGAGAAAAUGGAGCUGGAAAUGAGGCUGAAGGAGCAGCAGACAGAAACCGAGGCCAUCCAGGUGCAGAAAGAGGAAGAACGGGCCCAGGCUGAGAGUGCCCUGCGCCAGAUGCAGCUCGAGAUGGAGAAGGAGAGAGUGUCCCUCCUGGAGACACUGCUGCAGACCCAGAAGGAGCUGGCAGAUGCCAGCCAACAACUGGAACAGUUGAGGCAGGACAUGAAGGUUCAGAAGCUAAAGGAACAGGAGACCAGUGGGAUGCUGCAGACCCAGCUCCAGGAGGCCCAGCAGGAACUGGAGGAGGCAGCCCAGCAACACAGAGAUGACCUUGUUGCCGUCAGAGCAGAGGGCAACACCUUGCUGCAGGAUAACAUGGACCUGCAGAAGCAGGUGGAGAACUUGAAGUCUCAGCUGGUUGCCAAGGAUGACUCCUGGAGGCUCAUGGAACACGAGGUUCAGGAGAAGCUAAGAGAGGCCCAAGAGUAUACCCAGAUUCAGAAGGAGCUGGAAAGAGAGAAAGCCAGCCUGACUCAAUCCCUGGUGGAAAAGGAACAGAAACUUCUUGUUUUGCAAGAAGCUGACUCUGCUCGACAACAAGAGCUGAACUCCUUGCGCCAGGACAUGCAGGAGGCCCAGGGAGGGCAGAAAGAGCUCAGUGCCCAGGUGGAAUUACUGAGGCAGGAGGUGAAGGAAAAGGAGGCUGACUUUCUGGCCCAGGAAGCACAGCUGCUGGAGGAGCUGGAGGCAUCCCGGGUCACGGAGCAGCAGCUGCGAGCUUCUUUGUGGGCCCAGGAAGCCAAGGGAGCACAACUCCAGCUGCGACUGAGAAGCAUGGAGAGCCAGCUGGAAGCGCUGGCGGCAGAGCAGCGGCCCGGGCACCAGGCCCAGGCCCACCUGGCCAGUCUCUAUUCUGUCCUGCAGCAGUGCCUGGGGCCUGUUAGUGAGAGCAGGCCUGACCUCAGUGGUGGGGGAGACUCUGCACCCUCCCUCAGGGGCCCUGAGCCAGACCAGAAUGAAGUUGGGAGCCUCUUUAAAGGAAGGCCCCUUCUGACUGCUCUCUCAGCUGAGGCAGUGGCAUCGGCCCUCCACAAGCUUCACCAAGACCUGUGGAAGACUCGACAGGCCCGGGAUGAUCUGAAGGAUCAGGCCCAGAAGCUGGAACAGCGUCUAACUGUUAUUGAGGCUGAGAAGAACCAGGUUCACACAGAGUUGCAGGAGCUACAGAGCCAGCUUUCCCAGUACCAGGAAGAGAAAUCCAAAUGGGAAGGAAAACAGGACGCCCUAGAAUCUGAGCUGACGGAACUGCAUGAAAGUGUGGCAUCCUUACAGAGUCGCCUACGGCAAGCGGAGCUACAGGGAAUAGAAGCCCAGAAUGAGCGAGAGCUACUUCAGGCAGCAAAGGAGAACCUGACAGCCCAGGUGGAACAUCUGCAAGCAUCUAUCACAGAAGCGAGGGCCCAAGCAAAUGCUGCUGGGGUCCUGGAAGAAUACCUGAGAACUGCCCGCUCAGCCCUGAAACUGAAAAAUGAGCAGGUGGAAAGUGAGCGUGAGAAAGCCCAGGCUCUGCAAGAACAGGGCGAACUGAAGGUGGCCCAAGGGAAGGCUUUGCAGGAGAAUCUGGCCCUCCUGGCCCAGGCCCUAUCUAAAAGAGAAGAGGAGGUGGAGACUUUACGGGGGAAAAUCCAGGAACUUGAGACGCAACGGGAAAUGCAGAAGGCUGCUCUGGAAGUGCUAUCUCUGGACCUAAAGAAGAGGAACCAAGAGGUGGAUCUGCAACAAGAACAGAUUCAGGAGCUGGAGAAGUGUAGGUCUGUUUUAGAGCAUCUGCCCGUGGCCGUCCAGGAGCGAGAGCAGAAGCUGUCUGUGCAGAAGGAGCAGAUCGAAGAGCUUGAGAAGGACCGGGCGACCCAGCGGAACAUCUUGGAACGUCAGCUUCUAGAACUUGAGAAGAAGGCCCAAGUGAUUGAGUCCCAGAGAGGCCAGAUUCAGGAUCUGAAAAAGCAGUUGGUUACCCUGGAAUGCCUGGCCCUGGAGCUAGAGGAAAAUCAUCACAAAAUGGAGUGCCAGCAAAAGGCAAUCGAGGAGCUGGAAGGCCAAAGGGAAAUGCAGAGGGUGACUCUGACCCACAUGACACUGGACCUGGAGGAAAGGGGCCAGGAGCUGCAGGCCCAAAGCAACCAGAUCCAGGAGCUGGAGAGCCACAGCACCCUCCUGGCAGGGGAGCUCCGGGAGAGGGGCCAGGAGGUGAAGUGCCAGCGAGAACAGAUCGAGGAGCUGCAGAGGCAGAAGGAGCGUCUGACCCAGGAUCUUGAGAGGAGGGACCAGGAGAUGAGGCUCCAGAAGGAGAGGAUUCAGGUCCUAGAAGAUCAGAGGACACUACAGACCAAGAUUCUAGAGGAGGAUCUAGAACAGAUCAAGUUGUCCUUGAGGGAGCGAGGCCGGGAGCUGGCCAUUCAGAGACCACACACGCAGGAGCGGGCAGAGGAAGGGAAAGGCCAGAGUAAGGCACAGCGCGGGAGCCUUGAGCACAUGAAGCUGAUCCUGCGUGACAAGGAGAAGGAGGUGGAAUGCCAGCAGGAGAGGAUCCAGGAACUUGAGGAGCACAAGGACCAGCUGGAACAGCAGCUCCAGGGCCUACACAGGAAGGUGGGCGAGGCCAGCCUGCUCCUGACACAGCGAGAGCAGGAGGUGGUGGUCCUGCAGCGGCACCUGCAGGAAGCCAGGGAACAAGGGCAGCUGAAAGAACAGUCACUUCAGGAUCAGUUGGAAGAUGCCCAGAGGACGCUGGUCCAGAGGAACCAGGAGCUGGAGACCCUGCAGCAGGAACAGCGGCAGGCCCAGGGGCAGGAGGAGAAUGUGAGGGAACAGGCACGCUCACUCCAGGGAGCUCUGGAGCAGGCCCAUGUGACACUGAAGGAGCACCAGGAGGAGCUUGAGGAACACAAGGAGCAGGUGCGAAGACUCCAGGAAGAGCUGGCAGUGGAGGGACAGCAGGUACAGGCCCUGGAGGAGGUGUUGGGUGACCUGAGGGCUGAGUCUCGGGAGCAGGAGGAAGCCCUGCUGGCCCUCCAGCAGCAGUGUGCUGAGCGGGCACAGGAGCAUGAGGCAGAGGUCAGGGCCCUGCAGGACAGCUGGCUGCAGGCAGAGGCAGUGCUCAAGGAACAGGACCAGGAGCUGGAGGCCCUGCGGGCAGAUAGCCAGUCCUGCCAGCAUCGGGAGGAAGCUGCCCGGGACCAGGUGGAGGCCCUCCAGGAGGCCCUUAGCAAAGCACAGGCUGCCCUGCAGGAGAAAGAACAGCAUCUCCUUGGACAGGCAGAGUUGAACCACAGCCUGGAGGCCAGCACUGCCACCCUGCAGGCUACGCUGGACUCCUGCCAGGCACAAACCCGGCAGCUGGAGGAGGCCCUGAGGAUGCGGGAAAGUGAGAUCCAGAACCAGGAUCUUCGACACCAGGAGGCCAUGCAGCAGCUCCAGCAGGCACUUGCCCAGAGAGAUGAAGAGCUGAAACACCAGAAGGAACAGGGGCAGCUGCUGGAGAAGUUUCUGGCCCAGAGGGACCGAGAGGAUGUGGUCCAAGGGGGGCAGAGGAAAGAAGAGGAAGAGAUGAGGGAGCUUCAUGAGAAUCUAAGGGAGCUCCAACUGACUCUAGCCCAAAAGGAAGAGGAGAUCUUGGAACUGAGAGAAGCCCAGCAAAGGAGGAACCCAGAGGACUCACCCCAAAGCCACAAAGCCUCCCCAGUGGAGAAGUCCUCUCCAACAUUUGAUUCUUUAGUACCCAGGAUGCAACAGGAGCUGGAGCGACUACAGGGAGCCCUGAAGCAGACAGAGGCCAGGGAGAUCGAGUGGAGGGAAAAGGCCCAGGACUUGGCACUAUCCCUGGCCCAGAGCAAGGCCAGUAUCAGCAGUCUGCAGGAGGUGGCCAUGUUCCUACAAGCCUCUGUCCUGGAGCGGGACUCGGAGCAGCAGAAGCUGCAGGAUGAGUUGGACCUUACCAGACAGGCUCUGGAGAAGGAGCGGCUGCACAGCCCAGGCCCGACCAGAAGAGCUGAGCCAGGGGCUAGAGGAGAGCAAACUGUACAGCCGGGAGUGGUCUCGGGAGUGGAGGCUGAGCCUAGUCCUGGGAUGGAGGAGAAGCAGAGACAAAGGCUUGAGCAGCUACAGCAAGCAGUGGCGCGGCUAGAGAUUGACCGGAGCAGGCUGCAGCGCCACAAUGUCCAGCUGCGGACCGCCUUGGAACAGGUGGAGCGGGAGCGGAGGAAGCUGAAGAGGGACUCCAUACGUGCUUCCCGGGCAGGGGUCCUAGAGAUCGGUGAAGCCACAGCACCACCACCCACACAACAGGAUGGGAUAGGAGGACAGAAGGGUUUCUCCGAUGUCAAGCAUGUGGCUGAACUGCAGAAAGAGGUGGCCCUGCUACGAGCCCAGCUGGCCUUGGAGCGGAAGCAGAAGCAGGACUACAUCGCUCGCUCCGUGCAGACCAGCCGCGAGCUAGCAGGCCUGCACCACAACCUCUCCCACUCACUCCUUGCCGUGGCCCAGGCCCCAGAGCCCACUGUCCUAGAGGCCGAGACCCGCAAGCUGGAUGAGUCCCUGACCCAAAGCCUGGCAUCUCCAGGCCCAAUCUUGCUAUACCCGAGCCCCAGCCCCAGCCCUAGUGCUGCCCAAGCCACCUCCAGGUAGCAGCCACAGCCAGGGCAGGAUAUAAGCCAACCUGGAAGCACUCAGAUAGGCAGAUGAUGAUUGUCCAGUAAGUCGUGGCCCAAUGACACAGCUACAGCUUGCCAAAGGAAGGUUCUGGUUCUCUUGCCCAACCCAGGAGCCCCAGGCCAGCUGACGUUGUCAGGAAGAGGCAAGUAGGAGUCUGGAGGAGAGCCCCAACUCACAUGGGAAUGAGGUGAAUCACAUUGACUUACAGGGCCACCCAGAGGGUGCCUUGCUUGCCCUGCUCUUGCCUAGAAUUUAUUAUCCCAGCACUCCACCCUCUCCUUCCCCUUCAACAAUAAACCCUCAUCUUUGCAUUUGUUUGCUGCGCCUCUCGACUCAUACAGCUGGGCAGCAACAGCACAUCAAGGCUGCUUAUUGAGGAAGAAUUUGCCAAAUAUUCACAUCUGGUGGCAUGAAUAUUUGGCUGUCCUGUGCCCUGCUAGAGAAGAGUUACAGAAGAAACACAAGACAAAGCCCCUGUCCACAGAGAGCUUGUAGUCUGAUUGAUAAUAACAGACUAAUGCUCAUUAAUGAGUCAGAGACAAUUCUGUGUGUCAACUACAGGUGCUAUAAAAAUCCCAAGGGAAUGGGGAAGGGAGGCAUGAAGUGUCCCUUGAGGGAUGGAGAAGAGUUGGGAAAGGUGGCUAAGCAUAUUGGAGAAUACUGGUCUGUUUGUGGCAGAGUUUCUGUUGGGCUGAGGCUGGAUGCAUGGCAAGAUUAUAGAGGGCCUGGAAUCUAGACUUGAACUCAUGCGUUAUGAAGAAACAUCAAAAGUUCUUGCCUUAAAACAAGUUCUGCGGCCUCAAAAGCACCAAGGUGACAUUUGGCUAAAGUCAGAGUCUAGCGUUCAAAGCCUCCUUCUGGCCUCAUUCCUCUUCUACUCUGGGUGAAUGCCCUUGAAGUGUUCCUUCCUGGGCAUAUCAGCUGGAACUGACUCUGGUCCCCUUGUAGUUCAGCCACGUGUCAAGCCAGUCAAGAGGAUGGACUGUGGCAGAACUUGUCACUUACGCACUGGCAGUGGUGGAGGCAGUCUGGACUGAACCCAGCCCACAGGCUUAAGACCCAUAGUUGGCAACUUCCUCAAAGUGUAAGAGAGCAGAACAAUUUUUAAAGAAGCAGGACGUAGCCUAUCAUUUCAUUGAGGUCUCCAAGGUCAAGGUGAGAUUAUAAACACAUGUGUUUACUAUGCCCCCUUAAGUCCCAAAUCCUGGUUAAUUUUGCAACUAGAAAAACAUAUUCCAAAGAAAUAACAGAAGAGAUAUUGGACUCCUGGGCUUUUUUGAUGCGGUGAUAUAUUUGCCAUUGAGAGUCUGGAGUAGAAUGUAGACCUUUAAAGCCACCAGGACUCCAGUGAGAAAAAACAAGCUAGGGUUUUAUUUAGCAGAGUGAUCUCCAUCCAGGGUUCACCUGAAGCCCAGUCCCUCCUUGAUACUCCAAGUCCCCGUUGAGUCCUUGUCAGCCUGCUGUGGCCUCCAGUGGGCUGAAACAGGUUGGGGACAAUCUCAUUUGUAGAUAACAACCUUUCCCUCACACCAUAGCCGAAGGAUGAUAUUGUACUCUGCCUUGGGAUUGUGCAUGUUGUUCAUGAACCAAUAUUUAUCAUCCCAGUAAUGAGACCACCUUUGGAGAUUGUCUGUUCCAAAACCAAACAAGGAGACCUGGGAGAUGGGUAAGAUAGGAGAUGGUCAUGGGGUGGCAGGCUGGAUCCUGCCCUGCCCCCAUGACCGCCAACCAUCCAUUCAGCAAACAUCCACUCAACAUCUAGUGUGGCAAGCCACCUCCUUGAGCUGAGAGGGAGAAUGCAGUUCACCUUCUCCACAGAAGACAAAUACUGGACGCGGUGAGGUGAAUACAUUCACAGAGUGACCCCAGAGCCCAGAAAAGAGUAUCAACUAGCUGCUGCUGAUCAUAUUGAAAGAAGAGAGAUUCUCCAGGGAGACAAGGGAAGGGCAUUCCAGGUAGAGGGAACAGCAUGUGAGAAGGCAUGAGGCAACUCUUAUGUUUGGGGAACCCCAAGAAGACCAGUGUGUGAACCUGGAAGAACAGAUGAGGGGAGCAACCAGAUCACGUAGUGUCUGAAAGCCAAGCAGAAAACUUUAGACUUUAACCUGAAGUCCCUGAGAAGACAGAAAUUUUUAGUGGCAGAAUGAUGAAGGCCUGUGAAUUGGAGAAGGUCUCUUACCUGGUCACAGGUGUGCAAGGCAUAGAACAGAGCCACAAGCCCCAAGGAUGGAUACUGACCCUGUUUUUUCAGCCAAUUUUCCUGGAUGUACUUGAGGAAGGUGAGGCUGAUCACCAAGACCUGGGGAAGAAAAGGGAGAGGGUUGACGUAAGGCUUGUCCCAUGGCUUGCCCACGGCCACAUCCUGUUCCUUCACUUUUCCCCUCCUGGGUGUCUCACCUUGUCUUUGCUCUUUUUGUUUCCACCAGGGAACUGGGCUAUCUGAAAUCUAAAAAAGGAUUGAGGGUGGGGGCAUUUCAGAGUCAUCUGAUACAGCAACCCCCUAAAACUGAGGCAAUCCAAUCCAGCAAGUGUCUCCCUGGAGUCUCCUCUUGUCAUCCCCUACAAUACCCCCCUUUACUACCAUACCCUGGAUUUUUUGGCUUCCAAAUGAGACUGUCUUCAAACAGUGUAUUCAUGAACCGCUGCAGACCAGAUGAAUUCAUUGGAAGCACCAGAAGUUGGGUGCCAGGAUCUUGAAUCCUGACAGCCUCAGGAUACAUAAUGCGCAUGGUGGUUGUGUUCCCCACAUCUGUCUCAAAACCCUGGACAGGGGCCUGGUUCAUCCUUGGAAAGAAGGGCAGGAUGGUCGUUUAAGGGAGGAGGAAGAUUUGGCUUGACCUUCCUGGUCUCCACCUACUACCCUGAACCCACCUGAGGACCACGUCAUGUUGGUUAAUCCUGAAGCCUAAGCCAGAGUCUCGUAGGAACCAUGAGUUCCCCACCACUGCACAGGUCCGGCAAGGAGACACUUCAGUCUGCUGCUGCUGCUUCCUAUUCGUAAACUGCAUCUCUGACUUACUCUGAACUCCCUAGGAGCAUAAAAAAAAAAAGAAGGGAGGAAUUCGACAGCUUAGUUCAGGCUCCAGCUACUUGUGGAAGAAGUUUAGAGCCUGGAGCCAUGAACAGGGAGAUGGGUAGUGCCUAGGGAUGGGGACAGGGACUGAACAGAGGCCCAAAUUAUACACUGAGCAUCCGUAAUAUAAGAGCAUCAGAGGACAUAGGUACCUCUGAGCUAUGCAGGGGCUCAAUGGCUCUUUCAAAGCGUUUGUCAAACCAGUCAGACUCGCCAGGUGUAUGGAGGCAGGUGGAGCACUUGAGGGUCCCAGGUGGGCAGCCACACUUUCUGGAAGAGACCCUGGGGCAGUGGCAGUUCUUUGGGAGUGUUCUGGCCAUCUCACGGAGAUUCUUCUGGCUGAACUCCUGGUCCAGGAAGGAGGCCAUCAUCCACAACGAAAGCAUACAGGUAGCCACCACCAGACCCAGCUUCGCAUAUCGAACCUUCAUCUCUGGCCCCAAAAUGUUGGUGUCCCUGGCAGGCAGUAGAUUGGCUCUGACAGCUGGUACUGGGGAGGACGAGGGGUUGGGGACACAGACAUCCCCAGUAUCCCCUGUCCUGAUUGCUUCCAUCCCUUCCCAACCCACCCCCAACAUCUCACCUCUUGCCUCUCUGUCCACCUGCUAACCACUAAAGGGAACUCUGCCAAGGAGAUGGAAUUCAGCUGGAGGCUGAAAGAAGGGGAGAUGUUACAGUUGGUGUGUCCUAUGCCCUCCAGGAGGAAGUUGAUGCCCAAGGGGCACUUUCAUACAGGCCCAGUUAUAUCAGGGACCUCAUCACAGAGGCCACAUUGUGACCUUCUCCAUGUAAGCUUAUGGGCAAGGCCCCCUCCUUCACUUUGGCUUUCAGCCCAGAGCCCAGCUAACAAGGGAGGCUUGGAAGUCAAGUGUUGAAGGGGACAGAAGGGUGAGAAAGUAGAGGAUAUGGUGCCAAGGCUGAUGUGGAUGAGCAGAAGGCAGAGAAGGGAGAGGAAGUGUCACUUGCAACCUCCUGGGUCAGACAGAAUUUAUGAUAUUGAUGAAAGUGAAUAUUUGUUACUUUCAACCCUUAAAACCUCUCAGGGGUUGACUUCCUUUCCUUUUUGAGAAUUGUCACCAAGGUUAAUAAUCCCUCAGGCAGGAGACUCCCUCUGAGAAAACUCACCCAAGAGAAAAACCUAAAGAUGCUGACAUUUGGGUAUUUCCCCGAUAAGAAGACUGGCAGUUCUGUUUCCUUCCUCUUGGAAUGCUCCUUGGAUCCCAUUUGCCAUGUUCUGAGAACACCUAAGCAGCCACAUGAAGAGGCCCACAUGGUGGAGAAUCCAGGUCCCCAGCUAAUAAUCACUACUAAACACCGGCCCGUGCCCCCUGCUGACAGCCAGAAUCAACUUGCCAUCUAUGUGAGUGAGCCAUCUUGAAAGUGGUCAUCCAAUGUGGAACAGGGUGUUGUCCCCACUGAGCUCUGCCCCAAUCGUAAAAUCAUGAACAAAGGAUUGUUUCUGUUUCAAGCCACUAAGUUUGGGGGUAGUUUAUUAAACAGCAGUAGAUAAUUGAAACAGUGGCUCAUUCUUAAAGCAAAAGAUUGUAAGACAUUUGAGAAAAGCAAACUAGAGACCAGAGUAUACAGAGGAAAGGAACUCAGAGGAAAUAAAUACAACACAGAGAAUAGAACAUCUCAAAAUCCUGUUAUCAGGAGCUGAGAGAAGAUUGGGGUCCAUGGAGUGUGAACAGGAGCCCAUUUAAAGAAGUAACAUUCAGAUAACUUGCGCUGAUGAAUGGAAGGGUUAUCUUCAGUUUUUUGUUACUGGAAACAGUUCUGCUAAGAACGGUAUUAUGCACGUAUCUUAUACACGUAGAAGUUUCUCCGUGUCUACCUAGGAAUGUAAUUUCUGGGUCAGACAGAGAGUUUGUGAAUGUUCGCCUUUUUUUUUUUCACAUUUUUUGCCAUUGGUGUUUACACCAAUGUUUAAGAGAUCCGUGGCUCCACGUCCUCUCCAUUACUUGACGUAGUUAGACUUUUAACGAUUUGCCUAUUGAAAAUUAGACAGAAAAUGGUAUCUCAUUUGUGGUCUUGAUAUGAAUUUCCCUGAUUACCAGUAAUGUUGAUCAAAUGUUUGUAGGCCAUGUGCAUUUCUUGCCUCUGUAAAUGUUUGUCUUUUGCCCAUUUUUUCUAAUGGGUUGUUUUCACUCUUCUUAUUUCAGAAUUCUUUAUAGUAUUGAUGCUAACUUUUAUCAGUCUUGUGUAUAGCAAUUAUCUUCUCUGAAUUUAAAAAUUUUUUUAACGUUCUUAAAGGUGUCUUUGGAUGAACAAAGUUCUUACAUUUAAUAUAGUCAAAUUUUAU